AUGUUCGACGAUGAAUACCACUUCCGCAUCAAGUUUGAGGCUAUCGCGCCACUAGUUGAGGACCUGGAAUGGAAGCUCAUCUACGUCGGAUCAGCCAAAAGCGAAGAAUACGACCAAGAGCUUGAUAGCUGUAUGGUCGGCCCCGUUCCAGCCGGAAUCAACGCCUUUGACUUUCAGGCUCCCGCACCCGCCCACCACCUCCUCCCUUCGCAAGAGCACGACGAGAUCCUCGGGGUAACGGUCAUCAUCAUCACGGCGUCGUAUCGGGACAAGGAGUUUGUCAGAGUGGGAUACUAUGUGAAUACGUAUUAUGAGGAGGAGGCGUACAAGGAGAAUCCGCCGGCGAGUGUGGAUUGGGCAAAGCUGCACCGGAAUGUGUUGAUUGAGAAGCCAAAAGUUACUAGAUUUCAAAAUCCCUGGGACUCGGCCCUUGCGUCGUUCGGCGGCGCGCAAGAGCAACAACAACAACUACAGCUUCAGCAACAACAGCAGCAGCAGCAGCAGCAGGAAAUGUCAUUUGGCGGAUCGAGUUCGGGCAUGUCGAGCGAGAUGCUGUUCUCGGCACCGUUACCUGCACCGGUGGUGAAGGCGGAGUCGGCGUUUGGGGGCGGAGGGCAAGGGGGAGGAAUGGAGGUGGAUGCUGCAUAG